CCAGUAAUUCUUCCUAUCUUCGGCAACCCAUUUGCCUCCUCUUGUUUGUCAAUGGAAUUUCCAACGAAGGCACGAUACAGGAUAAAGACCAAAAAGCUUUCUUACAGAUUACAUGAAAAAAAUGGGGUUUGUUGGGGGAAGGAAGCCAAUAGUAGUAGUUACAUUUUGAAGAAUGUGAAUUGUGAAGCGAAACCAGGGGAGAUCAUGGCCAUUGCUGGUCCAAGUGGGGCAGGAAAGACAACAUUAUUAGAGAUACUGGCAGGCAUGAUCCCACCUAGUAGAGUAUCCGGACAUGUUUUUGUAAAUGAGCAGAAAAUGGAGGCAACUUACUUCCGGAGAGUAUCUGGAUAUGUCACUCAAGAUGAUGCUCUUUUACCAUUUCUUACUGUCAGAGAAACGCUCAUGUACACUGCACGUCUCAGGUUGCAUGGUGGGUUCAAAAUGGCCGUCGCCAGAGUGAGAGAUCUGCUCAAGGAGCUUGGACUAGAGCAUGUUGCCGAUGUAAGAAUUGGUGGUGAAUCAAGGCGUGGCAUUUCAGGUGGUGAAAUGCGCAGGGUGUCAAUUGGUGGUGCUCUAGUGCAUGAUCCAGCUGUUGUUCUGCUUGAUGAACCAACAUCAGGGCUUGAUUCAACCUCAGCUCUUCAUGUUACCUUAUUGCUCAAGUCCAUGGCUUUGACGCAUGGGAAAACAAUUGUGUUAACCAUCCAUCAACCCGGUUUCCGGAUUCUUGAGUCAUUUGAUCAAAUUCUGUUGCUAUCAAAUGGAACUGUUCUUCACCAUGGACCCCUGCAUCUCCUGGAGCAGCUGCUAACGUUUGCGGGGCAUUCUGUUCCUCUGCAUGUAAAUGUGCUUGAGUUUGCAAUUGAAGUGGCGGAAACCCUGGUCAUAGAUAUUGUAGAAGGCGAUAUUGAACGAGAAAAUGAGCAUAUCAGAGGAAUUUCCAACCAAGUCUAUGUCGAAGAACAUAAAAUAUGUUACUCUAAUAGUCAAUUCAGGGAGGCUUUAAUACUGGGGCAGAGAUUCUCCAACAACAUUUUCAGAACAAAACAGCUCUUUGUUGCAAGAAUGAUUCAGUCAGUAGUUGCUGGGUUUGUGCUUGGGACUAUAUUUGCGAAUGUAAGCAACGAUCCAAGGGGAUUUAAGCUAAAAUCUCAAAUUGGGUUUUUUGCCUUCAGCCUCACCUUCUUGCUGUCUUCAACAACUGAAGGCCUACCAAUAUACUUGCAGGAAAGGAGGAUUUUACUGAGAGAAACCUUGAGGGGAUCUUAUAGAAUCUCUUCUUAUGUCAUAGCAAACACUCUUGUGUUCCUUCCUUUCCUCUUAGCUGUGGCUCUUCUCUACACGACCCCAGUUUACUGGCUAGUUGGAUUGAGGAGGGAAAUGGAGGGUUUCCUCUACUUCUCACUGGUGGUCUGGAUGGUUUUGUUGAUGUCGAAUUCAUUCGUUCUAUGUUGUAGUACACUAGUCCCAAAUUUCAUCAUGGGGACAUCUUUAAUCGCAGGGCUGAUGGGAUCCUUCUUCCUCUUUUCUGGAUAUUUCAUAUCCAAGGAGGACAUACCCUGGUACUGGAUUUUCAUGCAUUACUUGAGUUUGUAUAAGUACCCAUUUGAGUGUUUUAUGAUAAAUGAGUAUGGUGGAGAAAAGGGAAAGAAAAAAUGUGUGGGGGCUGCAGAAGGGCAGUGCUAUCUGUAUGGUGAUAACUUUCUGAUGCAGCAAGGUUUGAAAGAGUCACACAAGUGGAGUAAUUUAGGCGUCAUGCUGGGGUUCAUCCUUGGCUACAGAAUUCUUUGUUUUCUUCUUCUGUGGUACAGAUCUUACAGAACCACCAGAACUUAG